AUGAAAAAGAAAGAAUGGUGGGGAUUCUCAGACGGUUCCAGCUUGGAGUGCAAAUGUGGUGCUGUUCCCCAAACCAUGGAACAUUUGACGUCGUGCCCUGCGUGCCCAACCAACUGCACGCAGGAGGACCUGAUGAAUGCUGCUGACAGUGCAAUUCAUGUGGCUGAAUUUUGGGCCGAUACUAUAACGGUUAAAUCCAAUUUGAUCCCGCUGGGGAUCUCCCUACCC